CACAUUUAUUCACACUCGUAGCCACAACGCUAACAUACAUCUCUCUCUCUCUGAAUCUGAUAUAAGACGACCAGUACAGAGCGCUCUCCGUGAGCAAAAAACACACACAAGCACACACAGAGAGAAAGGGGAAAAACCUAAAGGAGAAGAUGUCUUGGCAAACUUACGUGGACGAGCACCUGAUGUGCGAGAUCGAAGGCAACCAUCUUUCCUCCGCCGCCAUCAUCGGCCACGACGGCAGCCUCUGGGCCCAGAGCGCUUCCUUCCCUCAGUUCAAGCCUGAAGAAAUUACUGCCAUUAUGAAUGACUUUGCUGAACCCGGUUCACUUGCUCCAACUGGCUUGUUCCUUGGUGGCACAAAAUACAUGGUGAUACAAGGCGAGUCGGGAGCGGUCAUUCGAGGGAAGAAGGGACCUGGUGGUGUUACAGUUAAAAAGACCACUCUGGCCUUGAUCAUUGGAGUCUAUGAUGAGCCAAUGACACCCGGCCAGUGCAACAUGAUUGUUGAAAGGCUUGGUGAUUAUCUCCUAGAUCAGGGUUUUUAAUUGCUUUGCUAUAUCAAUACAAGAAUUUUAAAGUUGUGAAGAACCUGUGAAACAAAUGGUGUCUGGUGCUUGAGAAGUGAUAUAGAUAUCAACUCUUGCUGAAUUCAAAAGUCUUGUCUUUGUAGUCUCCUUGUGGAAAUUGUUAUAAUGAUUUGAAGUGAGAUGUUUAUCUACUUCCGAGUGGUUUUCUUCUUGUUAAAAAAAAUCGAUUACUGAAUUAAUUGGUAUUCUUCGCAAAUAUAAGGUUCGGGUUUUUUUCGUGAUGGUA